UAUAAAUAUACCGAGAUGCAGGCCUAUGGACAGUAUCUAUACUAGGGCGUUCUUUCGGAACUUCAACUAGUCACAACUAUGACAGGCAGCACUGCAUUAAGUGUAUGCGCAACUGUCCUGCUAGGAACUGCAGUUGUACUUACGAUGGCAGCGAUACUUGUAAUAUGUAGAAGAUUCGAUGAGUUCAAGUCUGAGAGAAACUAUUUACUGUACUUCUCGUGGACGAUGCUAGGCUUCGUCCUUUUGCUGACCCACCAAACGGUGUGGUCAUGGGAUACUAGCUUAUCGCAGAACAACUGGAGUUAUAUAUUAUUUUUACUGGGCGAGAAUCUCAUCGUCACACCGGAGUGUCUACGGGCGGCGCGGCUUGUAGUGCUGUACUACGGCUAUCCAGCCUUGAUCCCAAGGCCUGUGUGGCGGGAAUCAACACAAGUGAAUCCCAUAUACCUGCGCACGAAUUAUCUGAUGCUGUACUUAUUCCUGCUGCAAGUACCAGUCGUUAUACUAUGGUUAUGCAUGGCUACAACGGCCAUCAUGAUGUUCGAGUAUAUUUGUAUGGUAUAUACUGUGCUACAGAUCAUCGUGAUGCUUGUUUCUGUAUCAAUGCUACGGCGCAAGAAGGAGGAUAUGGAGAAACAUCAACUGUCGGAAUCUAGCGCGGUUUUUGUAUUCGGUUUAGGUCUGUUAGUAUUCGUCCUCUUCGAUUCUGUUAGGGUCAUCGCCGGUCAGGAAGGCUACACAGACAUCUCAAGUGUUUGGGUGAUUGUCGAUCUCGCAUCCAUCACUGUACUGGUUCUCUUAGCGCUGGUUAUCUGGGCCACGCACUAUCAGAUUAUACUUGAUAGAGUUCUCUCCAAAGGGUCAAAUUUGAGGCAAGCCACAGGUUCAGUCAGUUCAGCUGAAAGCUCAACCAAAGGUGCAAAAACCGCGGACGAUGCCAUACUCAUCAGAUCCCUGCCGCCGGACACGAACGAAUCAACCACGACUGCUCUCACCCAGUCUACAGAGAAAUGCUACAAGACAAUGAAAAGCGCCGACGCCAUCCGACCACAUCUGUCGGAUUGCCAGAGAAUAUCUAGUUCUGAGGUGAGAGAUUAAGACUCGAUGUAGGUCAAAGUCCGUAAACGUUGACUUCAUUGGCGGGCAACCGUGCUUUACUUUGUAAUUGGCUCGGUCCGUACGUUGUUGCGGUGAUAUUGUCAUCCAUUCACGAGCUUGACUUUCUCGGCAAAACUGCCCAUGGAACUAUCCGAACGGCACAUACAUCCGCUCCGAACGCUGGUGCCACUUGAAAAGGCAAAAAAAGAGUGGAUGUAUCGGUUCUGUUGAAUAUUUGCACAUACAUAUCAGUAAGAAAGACACCACCCACAUUGGACGAUGGAGGCGUUGUGCAUCUUCCACGUGGUGGAGCACACGUUGCAUUAACCUUCGGCUGCAUCAGUCUUCCUCAUUGUGACCACCGUCCGAGCACUGGGCCAAAGUGAGAUAUGACCGAUAACUAGUAGAUGUGCAACCCCCUACGGAAGCCCCACAUUGAGUAGUAAAAGGAUGAGAAGUAAAGGAUAAUAGUAAUGCUAUCAGGGAUAUAUAUAUCCCAGGGCGGGCCAGUUUGGGCUUAGUGCACUGAAGCCCCCAAAACCUUAUCGGCGUAUGACGUUGUCAUAGUAAUGCCCGUCAACUUCGCCACCACGCAUUGUCCGUGACACAUUGCUGGUGAAACGUUGUGGAUUCGUUCGCAAAACCUAAGGCGUGUAUAAUGACAGAAUCAGGAAUCUAUUUAAAUAGUUCAUCGAUGAAAAGCAACUUUAGUUAAAAAAUAAAUUAAAUCAUCGAUUACACCACAUAUCGGUCAGUUUA